GGCCGUUGGUUGGGAGGAAUUUACAGUUUACUCUGUUCCGAAGCGUCGAAGAGUGCAGUGUGCCGCAGCCAGAGUUCAAGAUACAAGAUACUAAGCCACUAAAAUCAGACAGCCAGCAGCGCGCAUAUAGCCUACCGCACAGCAGAAAUCGAACAAAUUGUGCAAACGCCGCAAUAAAACAGUCAACAACAAACCAAAAGGCAAAAAGCGCAUAAAAAGAAUAUUAAAAGAAAAAGAAUUAUAACAAUUGUCGAAAGCUGCAAAAUCCGGCAAUUGUGCAACAUCAAUCAAGAAAGCGCGCGCGUUUACCAACAAAAAAAACAAAGCGGAAGAAAACAAAAAGAGGAGGAAAAGAAGUAGAAUUGAAAUUCCCGAUUCAAGUGCAAAUUGAGUGCUGGAAUAUUUGUUUUUUGAAACGAAUCUAAUAGCAAAUACAACGAGACGCCGCGUGUGUGAUUGUUGCGUGUGUUGGUGUGUCGCCGUCUCUCCGUCUCCGUCUCCGUCUACGUGUCGUCGGUGUGUUGUGCGUGCGUGUGUGUGCCAACUGUCAGAUCCUGUGCGAGUGUGUGUUUGUGUGACAGCAACGAGAGGACAGGAAGUGUAGAAGUGCAGAGGAAGGAGGAGAAAGGAAAGUCCCACACACAACUGAAAGUCUGGCCCACAGCAGGCCCAUUGUUGUACCGGCAUUUUAAUGACGUCAUGUCCAGCAGCUGCUUGCAACACUGAAAGCCACAACUUCAGCCACCACAUCUUCCAUCUCUGUCGCUAACAAACGCCGCGCGUGUUUCGUACAACCAAAAAAUAAGUUAAAAAUACAAUUUACCAUAACGAAAAAAGAAGGAAAACGAAAACCAGAAAAAGAAAAAGAAACAACAAACAGCCCAGAGUGUAUACCAACAGCAAUAAUUCAAAUACAGCAGCACAACAGAGCACAGCACAGCAGCUUCAACAACAAAAAAAAACGAAGCUCCAACAACAGCAACAGAAACAACAACAACAACAACGACAACGACUAUUCGUCGCAUCAUCAGCUGGAACUACCGAAAGAUAAUGCCACGCCACACUUAGACAUGGACAAUCUGCAGGGCCGCUGUAAUCGUGAGAAACCGCCGUGCAAAUAUUUUCAUCCACCACAGCAUCUGAAGGAUCAACUAUUGAUAAAUGGACGCAACCAUUUGGCCCUCAAGAAUGCACUGAUGCAACAGAUGGGCAUUGCGCCCGGCCAGCCGGUCAUCUCGGGCCAAGUGCCAGCUGUGGCCACAAAUCCAUACUUGACUGGGAUACCAGCCAACUCGUACAGUCCGUAUUACACAACAGGACAUUUGGUGCCCACUUUGCUGGGACCCGAUCCAUCGGCUGUGGCCUCACAGCUGGGCCCUGUGGUGCCGCAGGCGGUGCAGGUGCAACAACAGAAAAUACCACGUUCCGACAGAUUAGAGGUGUGUCGCGAGUUCCUGCGCGGCGCCUGCAAGCGCGCGGAGUCUGAAUGCCGGUUCGCACACCCUCAGGAGAGUGUCGCACGCCAUGACGAUGGCUCCAUCACGGUAUGCAUGGACGCUGUGAAGGGAAGGUGUGCCCGUGAUCCCUGCCGCUACUUUCAUCCCCCCCUGCACCUACAGGCACAAUUAAAAGCGGCCCAAACACGCGCCACCGCUGUCGCUGCUGCAGCUGCGACCUCACCUGUUACGGCACACCAUCACCACGCACACCACCACCAACAGCAACAACUACAACAGCAACAACAGCAACAGCAGUUGCAACAACAGCUGAACAACAUCAACAACAACAACAACUGCAGUGCAGCAACCACAUCAACAACAACAACAACCACAAACAACGCUGCCGCUGCUGCUGCCGCCGCCGCCGCUGCUGCCGCCGCAGCCGCCGUCAUGGGCCAUCACCAUACAGCAGCACUGGAAGUGGGCAAGAAGCGGGCAGCGGACACUGAUCUGUUUCCACUGAUGGAUGUUAAAACGGUUGGUUCAUUUUACUAUGAAAACUUCCAAUUCUCUGGAAUGGUACCGUUCAAACGUCCAGCUGGAGAGAAGUCUGGCAUUCCAGUGUAUCAACCCGGUGCGACUACGUAUCAGCAGCUAAUGCAGCCCUAUGUACCAGUCUCAUGUGAGUAUCCCCAACAACAACAACAACUACUACAACAACAACAACAACAUCAACAACAACCACAACAACAACAACAAGUACUAGUACUACAACAACAACAACAACAAUUAGCGUUAAGUAGCGCCAUAACAACAACAACUACAACAGCAACAACAACAGCCAGUAAUAAUAUUAAUAAUAAUAAUAAUAACAGUAAUAAUGCCAUUCACGUAAAUGCUGUAAUUGCUACUGCUAACAAUCCAUCAUCAAUCACCACAUCAAUCGAUCAAUCAGCAACAGCAGCAGCUGCAGCUGCAGCAGCAGAUCCUGCUAAUAAUCCCAGUGACGAUAGUCACGAUAACAGCGAUAACAAUAACGAUAACGAUAAAGCUGAUACUGGCGAUGAUGAUGUUGCUGCUGAUGAAAAAGAGAAUGAUAAUCCACAAGACAGUGAGGAUCCCAAUAAGACAUUGAAUCCAAAUCCAAGUCCCGCUAUCGAUUGUAAUCCAACACACACAACAGCAACAGCAACAGAAGCUGCAACAGACACAGACAUAGACACACAAGAGACACCUGCAACAGCAGCAGCAGCAGUAGCAACAUCAUCCAAUGGUAGCUCUCCCGCCCCCUGUCCAUCCCCAACCACAGACAGCAGCCCUCUGCCCCUGCCCCAGGCUCAGCCACUGCCACCGAAUGGCGAUAAUAACAAUUACUUGUCCUAUAUCAAUAACAAUUUAACCAAUGGCCAGCGGAUCAAGUCCACCAGCCCACCCGAAGAGGCCUACAAUGGCGAGCCAGACAACACCCCAUCAGCCGUGGCAGGAGCAACCCUGACCGCGGCUCCUCGCAGCUAUAGCAAACACAAUGGCGACGCCUAUCAGAGGAGCACCAAUGUCACAUACUCCAUGAAUGGCCACAGCACUGGGAUUCUGCCCACACCCACCAGCACAGCCCCCACAGUGUCGUAUCAGUCCCAAGCGCAGGCACAGGCACAGGCACAGGCCCAAGCACAGGCCCAAGCCCAAGCUCAAGCGCAGGCCCAAGCUCAAGCCAGUUUGCAGCGCAUCAACUAUGCCAUGCCCGCCUAUAGCUACGCCAAUCUGUACUCUCCCUACAACAGCGGCACCUCCUCCAUCGUGAGCAUUGCAGGCAACACGCCCUCCUAUGUCCAAGCCCAAAUGCAGCAGCAGCAGCAGCAGGCGCAACAGCAGCAACAACAGGCACAUGCCCAAGCCCAAGCCCAGGCCCAGGCCCAGGCUCAGGCUCAGGCACAGGCCGCCUAUGCUCAGCAGGCAUAUGCCGCAUAUGCAGCAGCCGCUGGACUCACGCCACAGCCAACGGCAGCAGCUGGCGGCUACUAUGCCGAUCCCGCUGCCCUGGCCAAGGAGGUGGCCCAAAAGAACUAUGCUCUCAAGGUGGCCAGUGCUGCCUCGGCAGCGGCCAAGCCGGGGUCCCAUGCGGCUGCCGCCUACACAGGCAUGACCCUCAACAAGGGGUAUGUGGCCGCUGCAGCUGCUCCGCAACCCGUUCAGGCGCCCCAACCACAGGCCGUCUCCAUGGCCACCCUCCUGCAGAUGCAGGCACAAGCGCAAGCCCAAGCCCAGGCACAUGCCCAGGUCCAGAUGCGGCAUAUGGGAUCCCUGCCCAAUUCGGGCAUGUCCACACCCAUGGCGCCGGGCACGCCCCUCCGCUCGGCAUCCGCUGGCGGAGCCCAGACCCAGCAGUACUUGUCUGCAGCUGGUGCCGCCUCUGGCGCCCUGUUGCGUGCCCCAUCGCCCAUGCAGUAUGCCGGCGCCCAGGGCUACUUCUACCCGGGAGUAAUGUCCGGUCCGACUGCAGCCGCUGCCGGAUAUGCUGCCUAUGCCAUGCCCUCGAGUCAGGCGGCAGCGGCUCAGCAGUAUGCCGCAGCAGCAGCAGCUGCCGCCGCAGCGGCUGCCCAGGGGGGAGCACAAGGUCUGAAUCCCUACAAAAAGAUGAAGACAUCCUAAAAAGUAGACCCAGCCGUCCCAACACAAGACACAAGACACAACUGUACUUAAAAGCUCUCCCGUUAACGAA